CACUGUGAGAGACGCACACCGUCUCCUUCAGCUAAUCAGUUAUCCAAAACUCAACCGGUCGUCAACCCUCUCAUUUCCUAAAAAAUCAUUCCUCAAUCACCUUCUCAGACACAGUAUGACUUAGUCACUCAAACCAGAAAUUUUUCUUUUCCUUUUCCUUUUCCGACCAGAUGGCGGCCUAUUCCGCCAUCGCUUCUUUCCGGCAGACUCUGGAGGAGCUGCUGGAUUCCGCCCAGUUCCCUCCUCACGUCCCCAAGCCUCAGAUCGAAUCCCUCCGCGAAAAAGUCUCCUCCCUUCAAUCCUCCCUCGACAAAAUCCCCUUCGUCCCCAAACUAAAAAGAGACAAAAUGAAGGAUCUCCAAAACAGCAUCCGAGAAGCCAUCUACGCCGCCCAAGACGAGGUCGAAUACUGGAUCAAAGACGACUCCCCCCACAAAUCCGACGAAAAGACCAUGAAGAAGCUCGAAGAAGGCAUCAAGCUCGUCGAAGCAGACGCGCUGGUGCUGGAGGAGGAGAUCCGCAACGACCCCACAGCCCAGAAUCUCUUCUCCGACAACCCUGAGCAGGUCUCCUUCAAUUUCAGCGGCAAGGACAAGAUCGUCGGCCAGGAGAAAGACUUCAAACUGAUCACCGAGUGGCUGGACUCCGACGACAAAUCGCGCCUCGUGAUUCCCAUCACCGGCCUUCCCGGGAUCGGCAAAACCACCCUCGCGAGAAGCAUCUACGACAACAAAGAAGUCAGGAAGCAGUUCAACAUCCGCGCUUGGGUCACCGUGUCGCAAGAUGUCAACUACCAAGAGGUGUUCACCAAGAUCCUCAACACGAUGGAGAGCAAGAACUACCAAGCAGGCCACUACGCCACCCAGGGCGACGAGCAGACCUUGCUCCAGCGCCUCCAUCAGGAGCUCUACAAUCUCAAGUUCCUAAUCGUGGUGGAUGAUGUCUGGGACUUAGCUGCUUGGGAUCGGAUCGCCCUCGCCUUGCCCGAUAAGGAGAACGGCAGCCGGAUCCUCCUCACCACCAGGGUUCGGGAGGUCGCUGAUAAAAUCUCCGAAAAAGCUAAUUUGCUUCAUGAGAUGCAGCCGCUCGGGCCGGAGCACAGCUGGCAGUUGCUCUGUUAUCGUACCUUCGGUGAUAAACUGAAAAAUGAUAAUGAUGAUGUUACAUUGCUCUGUCCUUCUCACUUGAACGUAAUUGGAAAGUCCAUCGCCGAGAAAUGUAAAGGUCUUCCUCUGUCACUUGUCGUGGUUGGUGGUCUUCUCAUUCAGGAGACGGAUAAGAUUGAUUACUGGAAACGUAUUGAAGAAGAUACUGGUGAUGCUGCUGCAAUGGGGGAGAAUUCAUACUUGGAGAUUUUAGCCCUCAGCUACCUUUACCUGCCUGGUAAACUCAAGGGGUGUUUUCUGUACAUGGGCGGAUUCCCUGAAGAUUGCGAGAUUCGUAUUCAAAAGCUCAUCAAGUUAUGGGUUGCUGAGGGCUUCUUGCCAGCGCCAGCGCCAGAGCAAGACGUCUCGGGAUUGGAGAGAGUCGCGCAGAGGUCGGUGGAGGAUCUUAUAGGGAGGAAUCUGUUGUCUAUUCGGAAGAAGAGUACUAAUGGUGGGAUGAAGGCUUGCGGUAUGCACGAUAGCCUACGGGAGCUGGCUGAGAAACAAUGUGGAUUUGAGAAUUUCUUCCAUGCUAGGAAGAAAUACAAUCAGGAUCUACCAGAGGAAGCAAAGCUGAAGAGGCGUGUGUCUGUUCAUAGAAACAUUCUGAUGUGCCUUGAAGAGGUUUACGACAAAACACGAACGAUCACUUAUGCGCGCAGUCUCCUCUACCUCGGCUCACACCAUCACCAUCCCAUGCCCUUCUUUCUAACCUUUGAUCUUCUCAAAGUGUUGGAUGCUUUUACUUGCUAUUUUAUCCAGUUCCCUGAUGAGUUUCUCGAGCUUGUUCAUUUGACUUACCUUUCAUUCACUUACAACGGUAAGCUUCCAACGAAGGUGACAGAACUUAAGAAGCUCGAGACUCUGAUGGUUCGCAGGGAGCCUAAGAUCAUCUUCGUGGGUGCAUCUUUCCUGCCGGAUGAUGUGUGGAACAUGCCGAAGCUGAGGCAUCUGUGGUUCACGGAGACGGACUUCCCUAAUCUUCCAUCGGUUAAUCCAACCAACAAAAUCCUGCUUUACAACCUCCAAACGCUUGCGAGUGUGGAUGCUGCCUACUUUACUGAAGAAGUCAUUGACAACAUGCCUAACUUGAGGAAAUUGGCAAUGUGGAUUGAGUCUCCGGAGAAGCUCAACUUCACUGUUUCGAAGCUAAAGAAGCUCGAGCAGUUCAGGUUCAUAGUGCUGAAUCCGAUCCCCGGGAAAGGGAUCGAAGUUGAGGCGGAGAGCUUCUUCCCGAAGAAGCUGAGGAGAAUCACUCUGAGUGGCACUGGACUUCCAUGGGCACACAUGGAAUUCUUGGGAAAGGAAUUGAAAGGACUUGAAGUGCUGAAGCUCAAGGAGCUGGCAUUCAACGGGCCGGAGUGGCUCCUCAGGUCCAACUAUGACAUGGAGAACCUCAAGUACCUGCUGAUUGAAUACCUGAAUUUCCAAAAAUGGGAUGCAACAAACUCCAACUUCCCGAGCCUGCAAAAGCUGAUUAUGAGACAUUGCUAUGAGUUGGAGGAUAUUCCUGAUGAUAUUGGAUACAUUGGACCCCUGGACACGAUGGAGGUUGUGGACUGCAGCCCUCAAGCUGUGGAGUGUGCAUAUAAGAUUAUAGAUCAGCAGGAGGAAGGAAACUGCAAGAUGAACUUUGAAGGUCGCGUCUUUUCUUCAUGGGAAUAAUAGUUAAGAGAUGCUUAAGAGGAAGAGACUUGGUGAUUGGGAAAUUCAGUGUUGCAUUUCUUUGUGUUUUGUUGUCUUUGGUGUUGGUGAUGUGAGAUUAAGUGGAUGAUGAUAAUGAUCUGUUUCCCUUUUGUAUGAGAAUAAUUGUGUUAUUGUCCUAUUUCUUUUGAGUAUUGAAUAAAAUGUUGGGACUACCAACAACUUCUAUA